AUGUUGAUGGAUGAAGAAAACAAGGACGACGAGGAGAGGAGGCUAGAGAGUAUGUUGUUCGGCACGAAAUACACGCCGAGAGAGAAGGGAAAGGGGAAACUCGAGUCUAGCGAUGAAGGAGAAGAAGAUUCGGAUGAUAUGGAGGAAGAUGGUGGCCGAGGGAUGCAACAUCUUAGGGAUGAGGACUUAUUCUUUAUGGAUGACGAUUUAGGCGUCAGUCAUGCAAGUCCAGACUACACAAAUCAGGACUCCGGCUCAGAAAGCUCGCAGUCUCAGCAGUCUGGCGACGAAUCUGACUCUGGCUCACAAUCCUCUUCUUCUUCAACGUCUACACCUCCAACACAAAUACCAUCUUCCAAACUUCUUCCAAGACCCCUGACCGUAUCUCGAGGGAAGGCGCCGGCAUGGACCGACCCCGCGGACACUCUACCCGAUGCCAAAGUCUCACUUGUAUCUGGACCUACGCGACUACGAAAGCUUAGGCACGCUGCGGGCGAGGACGAGAUCUCAGGCCGCGAAUAUGAGACGCGUCUGCGCACCCAGUUUGAACGUAUCAACCCGGAACCUGAGUGGGCGCGAAAAGCACGAGGAAAGAAGAGCAAGUCGAAAAAGACAGACGACGAAGACGACGGCGAGGAAGAGGGUGCAGGUGUGCAGGAGCUGCUGACGUCGACGACGGGUAUCCUGGUGGAGGCCAAGAAAAGAGCUCGGCAGAAUGUCGUGCUUCCGCAGGGUACACUGGGAAUCGAACGUGUGCGCGACGCGAACCAGUCAGUCCAAAGCUCGAGCAGCGGGGAUGUGAGGGUGCUAGCAUUCCAUCCUAAACCCGCCGUUCCUGUCCUUUGCGUGGCCACUGCCGACCGAAGAAUACGGUUAUUCAACAUCGACGGGCACCUAUCGCCAUUGCUUUCGACCCUCCAUGUACCUUCUCUACCCCUUCUCUCCAGUACAAGCGUACUUUUCCACCCAUCAGGCAACAGUCUCCUCCUCUCCGGCCCUCGACCCUUCUUCUACACCUACGACCUGCAACAAGGUACGAGUACCCUUCACCGACGCGGCCUUUGGGGCACAGGCUUCGACGACACGGCCGCCCUCGCUCCAUCAAACCACAACUCAAAAAGACGUCGAAGGAACGGCGAUGCCACAGGCGAAGGGGGCAAGGGCGGCAGAGGCGGCGGCGGCAACACCGAGACUAUCCUGCACACCGCUUUCUCGCCUAGCACGGGCUCGCUCCUCGCUGUCGCCGGCCGCGGAGGCAACGUGCACCUCGUCGAUUGGAAAAGUGGCGCUGGGCAGGUAGUUGGAUCCUUGAAGUGCAUUUCAAGCGGAGGGGGUGGCGGAGGUGUGCAGGGCCUGUGGUGGGUGCCGUCGCCGCGAGAAGACCAGGCGUUAGGUGAUGGCGUGGCUUUUGUGGAUGACGAGAAGUAUCUGGCAGUGCUUACGGGUGAGGCGGAAGUGUAUAUCUGGGAUGUGGGCCAGAGGAGGUGUGUUAGGAGAUGGAAAGAUGAGGGCGGGUAUCGGGGUGCUGGAAGAGUUAUGGCUGGUGGAGGAGGUUCGAAAGGGUGGCUUACAAUUGGCUCGACGAGUGGGUUUGUCAACGUUUACGGGUCAGACUCCUUCGCAGUACCAGGAGACACGUUUUACUCGACCGAUAAGCCAAAGCUGGUCAAGGCACUCGGACACCUGACGACCCCAAUCUCGACGCUCAGAUUCAACCAUGACGGCCAAAUGCUGGCGAUGGCGAGCAAGGACAAGAAGGAUGCUUUGCGCUUGGUCCACCUCCCGUCCUUGACCGCCUUCUCGAACUGGCCCACGUCGAGUACGCCGCUUGGACACGUCACUGCUGUCGACUUCUCCGCCCGCAGCGAGUAUGUGGCUAUUGGCAACACCCGUGGCAAGGUGCUAUUGUACCAUUUGAAGGAGUAUGGCGCUGGAGGCGCCACCGGUUUCUAA